AUGGCGGCGCUCGGGCGUGAUGUUGGGGCUGACCUGAGGGAUGCAGGUGUGGUGCCGCUAGGAGCUGGGGAAGCGCCCAAGGACAUCAAGAUGGCAGCAUCUAUGCAUGGUCAGCCCAGUCCUUCUCUAGGAGAUGGAAAACUCAGAAGACCAAUAGUCAUUGAAAUCAUAGAAAAAAAGUUUGAAUGUUUUAGAAAAGAAAUGACAUUAAAUAUAUAUGGAACGGCGUCCUUUGCAACAGCAGCUGGUUUCUCUGGAAUACUAGCAAACUUCAUUUUUAGACACUGCUUCAAAGUUAAACAUGAUGCUUUGAAAACAUAUGCAUCAGUAACUACACUUCCAUUUUUGGCUACUAUAGUUGCUGACAAGCUCCUUUUAACUGAUGCUUUAUAUUUAGAUAAUAUAAGUGAGGAAAAUUGUGUUCUUAGAAGUUCAUUGAUUGGCAUAGUAUGUGGUGUUAUAUAUCCCACUGGUUUGGCUUUUUCUAAAAAUGGACGUUUAGCAGUCAAGUAUCAUACUGUUCCACCGCCACCAAAAGGAAGGGUCUUACUCCAUUGGACGCUGCUUUGUCAAACAGAGGUGAAAGCAAUGGCAAUUCCUCUAAUCUUUCAGACAGCGUUUGGAAUAUUUAAUGGUCUACAGAAGUAUGCAGCAUUUAAAAAGACACUUGAGAAAACUGUGCAUGAAGAUUAACCAAUAAAACGAAUGGAUGCUAACUCAGCAGAAAGGAUUUUUUAUGAUGAGGACUCGGGCAUUCCUGAAAGAGUUAAAAGUAAUACUGGACAGACCAUUUGUUUCUGUCCCUUUUGC